UCAACCAAAAAUUUCCAAAGUGUCAUACUUCAUAGUUCAUUGUUUCGAAUUAAUCAUAGAAGUUGAUGAGAAUGAGGCGUCGUUGAGCAAAACCUGAAAUUUUAACCCUAAAAUCUACAUCACGGCAUCUCCAAUCCGUUCUCAAAGGAGCGGCUUCUAGCACUGUAUGGAACUCUUUCCCCAAGAUCCCAACAAUCAGUUUCGAGCCUGCGUCUUGCUGCUUGUAUUGCUCUUGCAGGUUACUGGACGUGUAUCUGGAGAGCCAGGCUCGUACCCUUUGGUUGUAAGCACAUGGCCCUUUUUGGAGGCUGUAGAAAGGGCAUGGGAUGCUGUUAAUAAUGGCUAUUCAGCAGUUGAUGCUGUUGUUGAAGGAUGUUCCGCCUGUGAAGAACUGAGAUGUGAUGGUACAGUUGGACCUGGUGGAAGUCCAGAUGAGAAUGGAGAAACAACUAUUGAUGCCAUGGUUAUGGAUGGGAUGACGAUGGAAGUUGGAGCUGUCGCCGCUAUGAGGUAUAUUAAGGAUGGUAUAAGAGCUGCAAGAUUAGUGAUGAGACAUACCAAACAUACUUUACUUGUUGGAGAGAAGGCCUCUGCUUUCUCCCUUUCUAUGGGUCUUCCUGGACCGACGAAUCUUAGUUCGCCAGAGUCCAUAGAAAAGUGGAAUACGUGGAAAGAGAACAAUUGCCAACCUAAUUUUUGGAAAAAUGUUGUGCCUCUCAAUAGUUGCGGCCCUUAUUACUAUGAGGACCCUCUGGUCGUCACUGGGAAGAUGUGUCGAGGAGAAGAUCAGAGGGGAACUGUUGAACUAAGAUCAGAUCAUGUUGGUCUUCACAGUCAUGAUACCAUAUCAAUGGCAGUAAUUGAUAAGUUUGGGCACAUUGCUGUUGGAACAUCCACCAAUGGAGCCACCUUCAAGAUCCCAGGCAGGGUGGGUGAUGGACCUAUAGCAGGAUCUUCGGCCUAUGCAGACGGUGAUAUUGGUGCUUGUGGAGCAACCGGGGAUGGCGACAUCAUGAUGCGAUUCCUCCCAUGCUAUCAAGUUGUCGAGAGUAUGCGACUGGGGAUGGAGCCGAAGGAUGCUGCUAAAGAUGCAAUAUCACGGAUCACAAGAAAGUUCCCAGACUUUGUUGGAGCUAUUUUUGCUGUUAACAAAACUGGCACUCAUGCCGGGGCUUGCCAUGGAUGGACAUUUCAAUACUCGGUCAGAAACGCAGAAAUGCUUCGUGCCGAGGUUUUCACUGUACUUCCUUGAUGCUGCAAUUCUCCUUCUCUUUUGGCAUUGAGGUGCCUGUGAUCCAUGAAUGAAAGCAUUGUAUUGGCUCAUAAGUGUUGUAGUUGAUAUAAUGACAUUGCUUAAAUGAUUGCUGAUACAAUGUAGAAGAUAAGUAGAAGAAAGGAUGGUUGUUAUUGCCAAAACACUCAAAAUGAGGUAUAGGCAACAUUGAUCUCUAGUAGUUUGGUUGUCUUAAGAGAUAACCAGAAAUACUUUUCACAAAACACUCUUAAGAAGAAAGAGUUAUAACCCAUCACAAAACACUUCUUGUCUUCGGUUCGGUUUGGUUCAA